UGGUUGAGCCGUCACCAAACUUCUGCAGCAAUUGUGGCAAGAGGCUUCAACUUCAGGAAAUAUUUAUGGAAGAUACUCCACAAUGUUCAACACAACAGCCUGUUCCAUCCUGCCCUGCACCAGCCCUCAGCACCUUCCUUGAAUACAGAAAAAAGAAAAAUGAGGAGCGACAAAAGUAUUCUCUUGGGAAAAAGGGGUUAAAGCAAAAGGAAAAAAAGAAAGUUCGGAUAAAUAUUGGCUUGAUGACCAUUCACAAGAAUGGUCUAAAGCCACAGCGUGGAAAAACCAUUUUGCUUGCAACAGAUCCAGAUGUCUCUGCCACACCUCUGCUCAGUCUUGCUGCUAAAAAAAUGAAGGACUUCAACAAAGAUAUAAAAGAUGGACCUUUCUUCCUUCUGUACCCAGAUGGGACAGAGGUUAUUAAUAUCCCUGGGACACAAACACCGUUUACUCUCGCAGCUUAUAAGGCUGAAAUUGGCAAGUCAUACCAAAGGAUCUCUCUUUUCCUCUGCUUGAAAAGGGACUUUGAAGAAGUUGGAAAAUUGUCAGACUCGUCCGAUUCCGACCCAGAGGUUAUUAUUAGAAAAAACUCCGAGUUUGAUCUUGCUGAUACACUGCCAUGGGAACCUAUGGAUGAAAGCAGUCCUUUGCAAAAUGUGGCAGAAACAGAGAAUGGUGUUGGGGAUCUCGUACUUGCAAAUGAAGUACAACAGGUUAUGGACUUGGAUAACAAUGGCAACAAUCCAGGCACCAGUCAAUGUCUCACUGUCCAGAGCUCCUGUUACAGAGACUACACCACUCUCUUUGAGCCCAUUGUUAUUGAUGAUGAUGAUGAGAUUGAAUAUUUUACAGAAGACAAAAAGCAGGACCUGUCCCCAGAAGAACAUUUACAAACAAACGUGCAGCCACAUGAUAUUAUUGCAGAACUGGCCAAGAAUAUUGACCACAAGAAAGUCAGCCGGUUCAACAUAUGUCGUACUGAUGUGUGGGAUGGAGCUGUUCGGGGCUUUCAGAGGAGCACAUACUCCGACAAGAACGACAUGUUCAUCAAAUUUAACGAUGAUGCUGGCUGUUUGGAGGAAGGGUUGGACACAGGUGGCCCGAGGCGUGAGUUUCUCACGCUUCUUAUGGCCAUUCUGAGAAAUCGUCCUAUCUUUGAUGGACCCCCAGAAGCUCGUUACGUUGGGUGCAAUUCGAGAGCUGCCAGGGAAGAUGAGUAUUUUUUAGCAGGAAAGAUGAUUGCUGUAUCGAUUGUACAUGGGGGACCGGCACCACAUUUUCUCUCAAAGAACCUGGUCAACUACAUGAUAGGGAAUCCAAGUUUCGGCGCCACUGUUGAAGAUGUUCAAGAUGAGGAGAUAGGGAAAGUUCUAAAGCAGGUCCUGGAAGCUGAAUCAGAUGAAUCUCUGCUAAAUAUAAUUUUUCAAAACAGCGGGAUGUUCCAAACUGCUGGUUGCUUCAGAAGUGUGAAGAUUUCUGAGAAGAAAGCUUUUGUAGAGGAGUAUCUCAGAUGGUACAUCCUUGACAGAAACCACAGUGCCAUUCAACGAUUCAAAGAUGGACUGGCAAGUCUGGGGUUUUUCGCUGCACUGCAACAGCAUUCCAGUGUCCUGUCCCCAGUCCUAUGUUUCUCUGCCAAGGCCCUGACUGCUUCAGACUUGGAGACCAUGUUCAAACCAGAUCUCAGCCCAGUAGGAACCAAUAGGCGGCAAAAGGAGGGCAAAACUAUCGUCUUCUGGGCAGAUUAUUUGCUUGAUUGUGAAGGUUAG